GUGACUGUCAAAUCUACAUGCUCUCUCUCUCUCUCUCUCUCUCUCUAAAGUAAACAACACAGCGAAGAAGAAUUCAUUCAUUCAAUUCACAUUUCACAGCACACAGGUCCUUCGCUUCGGAGAGAGAUUCCACAAUCACUACUCUUCCGUUCAAAUCUCUCAAUCUCACUCUUCUUCUUCAAAAUAUAAUGUUCCCGAUUCAAAAGGGUUGGUUCUGACUUGAAUUGCCUUUUGAGUUUGGACUCUAAAAAUAAAACAAGAAUGGAAGAUGAUACAUUCUCUGGUAUUGGAAAUGGUACACAGAUUGAUACUAAGAUUUUAGGAACUUUUCAGAAGAGUUUUGUUCAAGUGCAGAACAUUUUGGAUCAAAACAGGUUACUAAUCAAUGAGAUAAACCAAAAUCACGAGUCUAAGAUUCCCGAUAAUCUCAGCAGAAAUGUUGGAUUAAUUAAAGAGCUGAACAAUAACAUUAGAAGAGUGGUUGAUUUAUAUGCUGAUCUUUCAAGUUCUUUUACUAAAUCUAUGGAUGUUACUUCUGAAGGAGAUUCAAGUGGUGCUGUGAAAUCAGAUGGAAAAGGUGCACACAAAAGACACAGGCCUACAUAGAAAGAGGGUUUGUUUUUCUUAAUUCUUUUUGAUUUGUGAAGAAGUAUCAUCAUAACUUCACAAUCUUGUUGAGGUGUAGAACAAUGUUUAGGUUCUUUAGUUGAAAUUCAAACUCUCCUCUUGUAUUACAGAACUUUCUUAAGCUCAUAACUUACUCUACUUAUGUUUUAAAUAUAAAAAAAAAUUAUGUUGAUUUUCCAUCCCAAUUCCUCUCAUUGUAAUUUUGGAUCUAAUAAAAAAAAAUCAAGCAUGUUAAUUGUGGUACUCUUUUUUUUUUUGGUUGGUAGAUAGAAGAAUGAUAAAGGUUUAUAAACACACAAGUGGAGGGAGACGAGGUUCGAACUCCUGUCAUAGUGUCCGGCCUAAUAAUUUCGACAUUUUUUGCCA